AUGGCACCCCUUUCCAUUCUGGCCUGCUCGCUGUCAUUAGCCUACGGUCGUGCUACCGAGUCAGCCUCUGGCUCACAAUCUAUGUCUCUGGGAUAUCAUCUCCCGUUGCUCAGAUGGACGGAGCUGUGGGCAGAUUGUCAGACCUGGUACAGGCGACGACCUGAAGAGCUUUGCCCGGUUCUCCGAUGUCAAGCGAUUGAGGCUGGACAGAUCGACCCUUCGAGCCCGGCAUCAUUUCCAAUCGAGCUCUACUCUAGCGUCAUUGCUUUACUCCCCAACGUAGCCUAUCACCUUGCGUCACUUUUCUUGUUGUCUUGCAAGCCGCGACUCGUCAAGCCAUCGGUGGACUCGAAACGUGCGGUGUCGGAAAGCUGGCAUAUGCAGUCAAUUGCAGGCAUAGCCAUCAGGAACGAUUUCAGAGAACAGUGGGACCCCGUUCUGAUUGCAGGACUUCUUCAUAUUGGACCAAGAAUGACUCAUAAGUCUCAGCAAGAGGCACUGCUCGGUUGUCUUGCCAGGGCCAGCGCUGCAACCGGUUUGGUGCUCGACCACGAAAUCGAGGCACUGCGGUCUGUCUGGGCCUCAUGA